GGAUGGAUUGCCGCCAACACAAAGUCCUUUAAAACCCUUUCCUUCUCCCAAAUUUCUUUACACUUCAUUUCAUUCCCCAAUCUCUUUCAGAGUUUCGCGUUCAACUGGUUUGAUCUUCUUCCCUUUCAUUUCCAAUUUCUUUUUCGUCUUUCACGUCGAAGCUAAAUUUUUUUUUCACGAAUCCGUCUUUUACAUGCAUUGCCUUGGAAAAAGGAAAAAAAAAUAACUUUAUUGGGGGUUUUGGGAAUGGGUGUGUUAUGAAAUUUUCAAUCUUUUUGGUUUCUUGUUGUGAAAGAACAUUGUAACUUAAAGUUCAUUCAGGGUUCCGUCGGUAACGACUGAAUUUACUAACUUUGUUGCCUGAAUUUCCUUGUUUUUGUGCAAAUGGGGCUCCUAGAAUCAAGUCCACAAUGCCAGGAAAGCCUAAUUUGAAUCCACCUACACUCUCAUGUGUUCCAGUCUCCGGGACUGAAGACGAACUAGAUUCCAAGAAUCACAAAGAAGGUUCCGGUAAUCACGAAAAAGAAGGUUCCAUGAAUCACGAAGAAGAAGGUUCCAGGAAACACGUUGGGAAAGACUCCAAGACUCGCGAAGAAGGUUCCAAAAGUCACGUAGAAGAAGAUUCCAAGGAUCACGAAGAAGAAGGUUCUAAGAAAGAAGUAGAAGAAAGUUCAGAGAAUUAUGAAGAAGAAGGUCCUAAGAAUCAAGUUGAAGAAGGUUCCAACAAUAACGAGGAGGAAAAUCCCAAGACUCGCGAAGAAGAUUCCAAGAACCAUGAAGAGAAAGAUUCCAAGAACCUCGUAGAGAAAGACUUCAAGAACCACAAAGAAGAGGAUUCCAAGGAUCACGAAGAAAAUAAUUCCAAGAACCCCGAAAAAAAAUAUUCCAAGAAACAGAAAAAGAGUUCUUCCAAGAAGCUCGAAAAAAAAGAUAUCAAGAAAAAGCUAAACAUUCCGUUGGUUGAGACCCUUAUUCAAACUCGUGUCAGAAAACUUACCGAGUCUUUGCGUCAAGAGGAGCUCGACCGACAAGCUUGGGUUUCUUCACAAAUGGCAGAGUGGCUUGAGGCAGAAGCUGAAAUGGAUAUUCGAUAUCUAAAGAAGUCAUUUCCUGAUAUUUCUCAACAAUCCCUUACAGAUGUAUACCUUGUCAACGGUGGUGAUCUGGGAGAUACCUUGGACAUGCUCAGCCUGCUUGAGAGUGAUGACUUGGGGCCUUCUGAAAUACCGGAUAUCGAUGAUCCUUCAAAACCUGUGCCAGCAGAUGAUGAUUCUACUUCACCAAAAGAGAAGCAACCUGAAAAAUAAGCCAGUGCUUCGCCAAAUCUCAAUAAAGCAAUCAGCAAGUGUAAAUGUAGGAAAGUUUAUCUUUGACAGCACAUUUUUUUUGUUUGUUUACUUCUGAGCUGGUUGAAUAUUAUUUUGCUUUUGGUAGCGAAAGUGUUAAAUUUUGCA